AUGGCAGCUGGCAAGCUAAAGGAACCCGAAAACUUUCUAAAGGCACCAGUGAAGAUCAGUCACACGUCACCGGAUAUCCCUGCAGAUGUGCAGCUGUCUAUACAUGACCACUUGCUGAGACGCACUCGCAUUGCAAGGCAGACCACUGAGCCAACCUCUUCCAACAGGCAUAGUUCCUUCAAGAAGCACCUAUCCAGACAGAUGCAGCAUGUCACCAGUCUGGACCGUGGGAGUGAUAUCCUGGAUUCAGAAGAGUACCUCACCAGCACAGCAGCUUCACUCGGCCGCAUCCAGCCUGAACUGUACAAACAGAGCAUGCAGGAGGUUGAAGAUUUGUCCAAGAGUAACACGGUCAAAACGUGUGGCAGGAUCAACUUCUCACUCAAGUAUGACUAUGCAGAUGGUUUCCUGCUUGUUACCAUCCUUAAAGCCAUGGACCUACCUCCAAAAGACUUAUGUGGCAGCUCAGACCCCUACGUUAACGUCUACCUGCUCCCGGAUAGUAAACACAAGUUCCAGACUCGAGUACACCGGAAGACUCUCAACCCAACAUUCAAUGAGACUUUCCAGUUUCCAGUCCCUUAUGAGCAGGUAGCUGCGAGGAAGCUUCACCUGAGUGUGUUUGACUUUGAUCGCUUUUCACGGCAUGACAUGAUUGGCGAGGUGAUACUUGAUAACCUCUUUGAAGGUUCUGAUCUUUCUCGGGAAACAUUUAUAUGGAAAGACAUCCGGUAUGCCAAUAAUGAGAGUGUUGAUCUAGGAGAGAUAAUGUUCUCGCUAUGCUACCUGCCCACUGCUGGACGACUCACUCUUACUGUCAUCAAGUGCAGGAACCUCAAAGCCAUGGACAUAACUGGGUACUCAGAUCCAUAUGUGAAAAUAUCAUUGAUUAGUGAUGGGAAACGACUAAAAAAGAAAAAAACUACAAUAAAGAAGAACACAUUAAGCCCCACUUAUAAUGAAGCCAUCAUCUUUGACAUUCCUCCGGAAAGCAUGGAUCAAGUCAGCUUACACAUAUCAGUUAUGGACUACGAUUUAGUGGGACAUAAUGAGGUCAUUGGUGUGAACCGUGUUGGCAGCCAUGCUGAAGGGCUGGGUAAAGACCACUGGAAUGAGAUGCUGGCAUACCCUCGGAAACCUAUUGCUCACUGGCAUCCACUCCUAGAACCCAAAACAUCUGAGAAACAGUGGAAGACAUGUACUUCAAGCUUUGACAAUCAGGGGUCGUGUCCAUCUUCUCGACUUCCUAAUAUCUAAAGCAUUAAACUCUUAAAAGACCUCUCAGGAAGCUGCAGACAUGGCUAUGUUUGGUAAUGAAAAUACCUAUACAUACAUGCAUACAUACAUAUUAAUGUAACU